AUGGCUGCUGAGUGUCCAUCCUCUCAUUCGAUCUCAACCCAAUUUCCACCAACGGUUACAAUGAUUUCUGGUCCAGUAUGCACCAGUGGAGUUGUGCCAGCUCCAGUGGGACCAAGCAUGAUGGAUAUGGAUGCCACAGAGACCAGACCAAAGUCCACCUCCCUUCGCGUAGCUAUCUUUGGGUCCACCGGAGCUGGAAAGACCACUUUUGUCAACAUUGCUUCAGGAUCUAAGCUUCGCGUGGGACAUGACCUGAUGUCAUGUACUCGGGAUGUAUCGCUCGCUGACACGUACCAAUACAAAGGUCAUGAAAUUCAGCUGAUCGAUACUCCAGGAUUCGAUGACACCAACCUCCCUGACUCGGAGGUAUUGAGGCGUAUUGCUGACUUUCUGGCAGAAAGUUACGAGAAAGAGGGGCCUCUAUCUGGGGCCAUAUUUUUCCAUAGCAUUGAGAGUAUUAGAGUGGGAGGAGCCGCGGCAAAGACCUGGCGGAUCUUUCUUCAACUAUGCGGGGAAGAGGCCUACAAAAACGCGCUAUUUGUUACCAAUCGCUGGACUGACCCCCCCUCAGGGGAGCAUGUAAGGCGCGAGGCGCAGCUAAAGGAUAGUCAAUUGUUCGGAGAGGCCAUCGGAAAAGGCAUCAAAGUAGGGCGAUAUAGUGCUGGCGGGACCCAAGACGAGGCUCGUACCCUGAUUGCGAGUUUAUUUAAUGCAAGACGGCUCCCAUUCGCAAUUCAGCGCGAGAUGGUGGACGAGAAACUGCAACUCGGCCAAACGGCUGCCGGAAAGGUGGUAGCAGAUAACCUGGCGGAACUGAAAGCGGAAAACGAACGGGAGCUAGCAGCUCUGAGAGAGGAAUUGGAAGGAUCGAACGUAGAAGACGCGGCGGAAAUCAGGCUUGAGGAGGAAAAUCUGAGGCGGCAGAUCGUGGCACGGGAGGCUGAGUGGAACCAGCUAGUUAAACAUAAGGAACACAACCCGGCAUCACAUCGUAUCUUAUCUGCACUGUCGGGUAAAAGGAGGGGGGAUAUAAAUAGCCCUAGAGUAACUGAAGCAGGCGCGCGAGGAGGCAAGGGUUCGGACACUGGACCGCCUGUGACGGCUCGUGUUCAGAACUUAGGUUCCCAUUCCCAAAUGGUGGUCGUGGAGGUAAUUGUUCGCAACGGAACAUCCGUCGGCAAUGCAACUCAGAAGCCCCGAUGA